GACCUGGUAGUAGCUAGUCAACUUUGGAAGACGAAGGUGAGGCGUAGGUAUAGUGGAUAGGGAUUCAACGUUCCAUUUGCCCCAUAAGGGGGGGCCUUGACCACUUUCGAUAACAUACGGCCCUUCUCAAGUAGUUAUUAUGCAAGUCUCUACCUACGUGACUGCUAUAAUACGUCUGCUACGCCUGCGGAAGUGACUGGUAUGGCUUGAGGUAUCGUGCUUCCAACAUCUGGGCGAUAUCUGGGUAUAGAAACUUCUUGUUGGCCAAGAUCAGCGACUAGACAUCAGCAUCAGCAUAAUUGGUCUAGCGUUCGCCUGCGUGGCGGUCAGAGAAACUCGUUGCUGCUUAGUUAUGAGAGAAGUCGACGAGUGACAGUGUGACAUUAGCUACCCAAUAUCCAGUCUUCACCCCCGGCAAGGCCCAAGGGUUUUAUACUACGUUCCCAGUUAUUGGGUCGACUAUAACAGAGGUCAGCCUCUUCAGACAGGGUAUUUGAACGGAAGCAGCCGCCCUUACGCGCUCAACUUGUUGGUCCUUAUUAUCUUGAUUAAUGAUUACCCUCGCCUGGACGAUAAGAGUUAAUCCAGGGGGUAUCUCCAUCUUAGCCAGUUCCUCGGAUUUGCCACAUGAAUUAUACAAGGAAGCGUGCACUCCUUGCUUGCGAUUUCUGCAGGCAUCGUAAGCGGAGGUGCGAUGGGAAGAAACCAUGUUCUACCUGCAGGGAUUCAAAUGCCGAUUGUGUAUACAAGGAGCUACCAUUCGAUAGAGUGGAAGAUUCGAGUCCAAACGCAGUCAUCGAUCGACUUGCCCGAAUAGAAUCGCUACUCGAACACCAAAGCCAGCAGAUUAACCAGCUCAGUACUCGUUCUAGCCCCCUUUCGUACCCUCCGAGCCAGGCCGAUCUUUUUGCCGCGUACCAACAGCACUCAGACUACUUGCCUUCCACAUCUGCUGGAAUAGACCCCCAGUUGGAUUCGCCGCAAUUUUUAAUCCCAAAGGGUCAUGCUACUCUGACAACCACGCUCCUUUCGCUGCCCCAGGUGCGUGAUCUACUCGGAGACUACCCAAGAGAAUAUUUCUUUGAAAUCGAAGAGAAGUUCCCCUUACCAGGACUACUUGGGAGUCUCUAUGAUAGUCCAUUAGCCUGGCCGUCUCUUGACCUCGAUGGCCUUAAUGCGUUAGCCGAAAACUACUUCCGAAAUGUUCACCCCCACCAUCCGUUAUUCACGCCGAAUAUGUUCAAAUCAUGGCAGGAUCAGCUUAUUCAGGACAGGGAUAUGGAAGAUAUUGGCACUCCGAUAUGCUUUUGUGUCUACGCUUUGGGUACGAUAAGUUCAGAUCGAGAGGGUAACUUUGAGGAUGAUGAAGCGCUAGGUCUUCGGUUUUUUCAACCGGCAUUGAGAAUAAUGCUACAUAAGUUGGUUUGGGAUUUUCGACCAGGUAUAGGGCUCUGCCAGGCUUUGCUACUCGCAGCUUCGUAUUUUGCUCACUUAGGAAGACCUCUUCACAGCUGGAGAAUGGCGCAGUUCGCAUCACGAAUAUUUCUAAAUCUUGUUGAGAAUCGGAAACAUAAUUUGUCGAGUGCCGUCUUCGAAGAAGCGGAAUUAAGAACAUUUUGGCAGUGUUUUACAGUUGAAUGUGACCGAAUCGCCGAGCUUGACGUUCCUCGAAGCGGGAUAGAGCCCCUGGGGGACCGGAUGCGGCUCCCACAUAAUACGGACCCCUCCGAUAACGAGAAUAUUAUUUAUUUCAUCGCCGAGCAUGCCAUUCGUCGGCUCCUGAACCGUAUACAUAACUCGCUUUACGGACCCGAACUCGCAGAAACUAGUUUCACGGGCCCAAAUCAAGCAUGGCAGAGUCUAGGUCUUCAGAAACUUUUAGCUCUUAGUACUGAGCUUAACAGACAAUUAGAGGAAUGGUACAUCUCUAUACCGGACUACCUAAGACCUCUGAAAGGGACUCUUCCACUACCAAAUGAUCGUGCCCGAGUUCUCAGGCUUCGGUACUACGCUGCGAGACACAUAAUUUACCAGCCGUUCUUACUUCAGAUGGUCUGCCGACAGCAGGAAGUCCAAUCUCCGGCGGGAUCUUCUGCUCUAAGUCCUGAUCCAUACAGCGAGUCGCCUGUCUUCUUGGAAAAGUGCGAGGCCUGUAUCGAUUCUUGCGUUACCUAUCUUUACAAUGCGGUGGAUAUGAUUGACAAGCGUUCUCCAUACCUAUGGACCAUUUCACAGAGUUGCUUGGCAUGCUUAAUUAUGGUAUGGUUGGCAGAUAAUUCACCCGCUUUGCAUACUUAUGUCCCCCAUAUGCAACCAAUCCAGGACAUGGUACUUACGAAAAUACGUAAAUGGGCCCCUGACGAUUCUAGCCUUGCUGCCGAAGCACAGAUUAUAGAACAGCUCAUUUUUUCCAAUUCGAUGGAAGCUUGAGGAGGUUCUCUGGUAUAUUUUUUUUUUAUAAUUCUCAUGGCUUCCUUAUAGCGCACGAGACUUAGGUGGCUAUUAUAGAGAAAUUUAGAAGGCAUCUUGAGGAUUAGAAGCUAAAUUCAACAAGACAUUAAAUCCCGACCUUAAAAAGGGGCUUAGCAGGGGGCGUGGUGGAAAAGUCUCAACAUGAUACUGAUGAGCUAGACUCGGCAAUGAGGUUGGAAAAUAGAUGAAAAUAGAAUCUAAACUACAUGAAUGUACCUAAGAUAGACG